AUGUCUCAUCAGAAUGUCACUCCUUCCUCGCUUCAGCUCUUCGAGCAUGCCUGGCAAGCUUAUCGCAAGCUUGUGGACAAUGAUUACAUGGAGCAUUCGGCGCUUACCACCGCCAUUGCCCUCAUUCUCCCCACCCUUCUCCCUUCUCCUUGUCCCGUGACGGGUAAAAAGGGGGCUUGGAUGGCCGAUCUGGGCUGUGGCGAUCUUGGUCUGUUGGCGCCCAUGUUGCGGCCAUUGCCGCUUGCAGGUUUUAUUGGCGUAGACGCCACGGCUGAAGUCCUUCCAUUGGCAGCACGGCGGUUGAAUGCGAGGGCAGAAAGUCUGCAAGCGCGACCUCCUUGGCCAUGCGAGUGGGUGUGCGCAGACUUGCUGGAGUGGAGUGAGAAAAGAAGAGACGUGAUGCGUGGGAUUUCGGGAGGCGUAGGGGACGCACCAGGGCGGGUGAGCUUCUUGCUCACUAAAGAGGAGGAUGGAAGAACCGGUCACAGGCACGUCGAGGGCAAGGCGGAGGGGAGGGAAACUGUCGCGGAGGAAGACGGGUGUGCAGUCAGGAAGGAUGCGGGGGGAGAAUGCAGUGGAUUACCUCUUUCUCCUGUUCCGAGAUACCUGAACGUGGUGAGCUCCUUGUUCGCGCUCCACCACCUGUCGGACUCCGGGAAGCAGAGGGCCCUGACCGCCCUGCGUGCCUGUGUGGCGCCUGGGGGGAGCAUGCUGGUAGCCGACAUUUUCAGACAGGAUGGGGAGGGGCGGGAGCUUUACUUAGAGAGAUAUGAGGCGCGGAGCAGGGAGUGGACGGCGCUGACAGAGGAGGAGCGGGGGUUGAUCACCGAGCACGUGAGAAGCAGCGACUUUCCGAGUGAACGGUCGGCCUUUGAGCGCAUGGCCAAGGAGGCAGGAUGGGCACAGGUACGCUGGCUGUGGGAAGCGAGCCACGCGGCGGAAGCGCUGGUCCUGUUGCAGUGCUAG